AAAUGGAUUACUCUUCGGCGUUUUCGUUUGAAAGUAUAAACAAGUAUAAAUCGUCAUUUGAGUUAAAGAAAUCGAAAGGUGGAGUAAUGCCGGAUCGCUCUAAAUAUACAACACUUAUAAAUGUCGAAAGUGACGAGCCUGAGCGACGAGGUAAUAAAAACGACGUAAACUAUGUUGUUACAUAUUUUCUUACUGCGAUAGGGUUUCUCCUUGUCAUGCUGACAGCUCCUUUCUCGCUCCUAUUUGCAGUGAAAUCAAUUGGUGACCAGGAGCGUGGGAUUCACUUCCGACUUGGAAGGUUUUGGGAUGUACGGGGCCCAGGAAUUACUUUCGUUAUUCCAUUAAUGGAUAAGCUAAACAAGAUAGAUCUCCGAGUGAAGGCUUUUCAUGUGCCACCAAUGCUUGUUAUGCUUCAAGAUGGCGGAUCAGUUUCACUUGGAGCCACAAUUAUGUACUCCAUUCAAGAUGCAGUUGUGGCCACUCUGUCCUUGCAAAAUAUCAACCACACCAUUCGGACUCUUGCUCAGUCAGUCAUGUACCAAGUUGUGAGCCUUUAUUCCAUGGAGAAGCUGCGCAGAAACAAAAGUGACCCAAACGCUUUCAUUAAAAAAGAACUGCAGGAGGAGAUUAUGCAAUGGGGUCUGUCUAUACACAAUGUUGAGCUCUCUCAAAUUACCGAAUUGACUCCGCCGCCCACGGCAGUUCAAAAUGUCCAGGAGCAGUUGGGACCUAUUUUUGGGCAACUUGGUGGUUUUGAAGGGCUUAUAUCUACAGCGGCUGAUUUUUACUUGCCACAAUCAGAUGGCAUUGAGGAAACUGAGAUCGAAGUAUCGCGCAGCUUGAUACAGACAUUCAAAGACAAAAUUGAGAAACUUCUAGAUUAUUCAAUGACAGAGACUAUUGGUAAAAAGUUCAUGUUCCAUCUGUUUCCCGGAAGCACUAUUUCAGACAACUGCUUAGACAGUUCACGAAUUUUGGUGCUAGAUUGUAAAAACUCUCCCGUAGGCGUUAAAAUUUACGGACAUGGCAAGAUGAGCCACUACGAGCGAGCGAGUUGCGACGUGGAAGUGAAAGUCGGGAUUUCCGACUUGCUGAAGCUAUUGAAUGGCCAAAUAUCAAAAACCUCUCUCUAUUUCCAAGGACGAGUUGAAGUAAAUGGCGAUACUUCAGCCCUUGAACUUCUGUCACAAUUUAAAGACGAGUUUCAAAUAUCUGAAUUAUAGUGAUUCCACUUUUCCUAAACCACAAAAUUUAUUUGUACAAAAAUUUGUCGCUCAGUCAAUAAUUGUUUCAUAAUUAUCCUUCUAUCCUUUAAUUUAAGA